CCUACUUGUGACAAGUUACGGGUCUCGUUCCAAUACUUUUAGACAAAGUUAUUUGCCUCUCGUUAACGUUUAUUUUCGCUGUCUUUUCAACUUAAGUCGACAUUUUCUCAAUUGAAAAACACUUUAUUCAGACAUCACUUGCUCUGGUUUCCUAUAUUUUUCAAAAAACGACGCUGGAAACACGAGUGUGUGUGUUUCCGACACCGAAUUGGAACGAGGCAGGAAGUUGAAGCGGAAGAAGAAACAGGUGGCGGGAACGGACAACAACUUUCAGUUUACUCCUCUUUAAUGUGUUGUUUAUUUCAUAAGAACACGUCACUAAUAGCUGGAGCAGACCAGGCAUGAGUGGCGCGCACCUGGACGAAUGGCAGAGGAGGUCCUUUGACAUUUCAUCUGGCACCUGCACACCUGAACAGACGGCCGAUGCCUACCGGGCCCACAUCCUCUCCAUUCAGUAUGCAUGGGCAAGCUCCCAGCUCUCUCAGGCCGGCACGGCCAGCCUGCUCAGGACCUACUCCGAGCGUUACGCCUCAGUGCUGGACUCGGAUGACCCCCGCGCCGGGCUCAACAACUAUGCAGAGGGCGCGCUCCAUCUGGCUCGCAGUCAGAGGAACUACAGCGACAAAUGGGAGUCGUCUCUCACCAAGGAGAGUGUGAUGGAGUUGCCUUGCGUGCGGAAGAUGAUUCGGGCCAGGACGGGGGGCGAAAGGUGCCUUGUCGCACCAGCAGAUGUUAACAUACCUGUGGGACAGGAGGCCAGAGGCGGCCAACUCUCUGCUCCCUUCACCGGUGUCAGGUCAGAGACUGCAUUGUUCAAACCUACAGGACCACCACAGCCUAAAUCAGAGGUUAAUGUCACUGCCAGUAAUCCUGCUUAUAUUUCGGCCGAGAGGCCAAGAGCCCCUGAUGGGAUCUCGGGUAAUUUAAAUUCAUUCCCCCGACCUCCAGCCCGACCACAGUCGGUGUUUAAUCAUCCUUCAGUUCAGGGAAACCCUGGCCCCGCAGUGAGCGUUCAGAACCAUCAGUCCAGCUUCUUCCCCACCUCAAACCCAUCAAAGCGGAAAAAUUUUUACAGCCCAGAUGGCGGCGAUGGCGGCAGGGGGCAACACGGGGCUCAAGGCGGCGCUGACCCACGAGCCGGAUGCAACUUCAAAACGGCUCGCGAGCAGUUUGUCGUCGACCAGCAGAAGAAACAUUCCUAUCAGCCCCAGAGAGGUCAGCCUCCUGGGAUGGCAGCGAUUGUGAAGAAAUCUCUGGGCGCGAACAGACCUCGAGGUACGUUUUCUAAAUUUGUGUCUCCCAUCCCAAGACAGGAGGAGGAGGAAAGUGCGUCGAGGCACAAUUCCAAUCAGGAGCCUGAAAUCUUGGACGAGCGUCUGAAAAACUUUGAGCCGAAGAUAAUUGAGCUGAUUAUGAGUGAGAUCAUGGACCACGGUCCUCCUGUAGCUUGGGAUGACAUAGCAGGCCUGGAGUUUGCCAAGACCACCAUAAAGGAGAUCGUGGUUUGGCCCAUGCUGCGACCCGACAUCUUCACGGGCCUCCGUGGUCCACCCAAGGGCAUCCUCCUGUUUGGACCCCCAGGGACAGGAAAAACACUAAUAGGAAAAUGCAUAGCCUGUCAAUCAGGCGCCACCUUCUUUAGCAUCAGCGCUUCGUCGCUCACGUCCAAGUGGGUGGGUGAGGGAGAAAAAAUGGUGCGCGCCCUGUUUGCCAUCGCCCGCUGCCACCAGCCCGCCGUCAUCUUCAUCGACGAAAUCGACUCACUGCUGUCCCAGCGGACGGACGGGGAGCACGACUCGUCGCGCCGGAUAAAGACCGAGUUCUUGGUCCAGCUGGACGGGGCGGCCACGGCGGCCGAGGACCGCAUCCUGGUGGUGGGCGCCACCAACCGGCCCCAGGAGAUCGACGAGGCCGCCCGCCGACGCCUGGCGAAGCGGCUGUACAUCCCCCUGCCCGAAGCCGCCGCCCGGCUGCAGAUCGUGACGAACCUCAUGGCUCGGGAGAAGAACCAGCUGAGAGAGCCGGAGCUGGAGGGCGUGGUGACGGCCACGGAGGGGUUCUCCGGAGCCGACAUGACUCAGCUGUGUCGGGAGGCGGCGCUGGGGCCCAUACGCAGCAUCCAGCUCAGCGACAUCGCCACCAUCACCGCAGAUCAGGUGCGACCGAUCCUGUACGGCGACUUCCAGGAGGCCCUGAAGACCGUGCGACCCAGCGUCUCCACGAAGGACUUGGAGCUGUACGAGGAGUGGAAUCAGACUUUCGGAUGUGGACGUUGAACUCGUUUCUUGUGCUUGAUUAUCAUCAAUCUCUGUUCAAGCUCUGGAUAAUAUUUAGAACUAAGAUGAGGUAAAGACAAAUACAAAAAAGUUCAUCCAGAGAAGUUGGUUAGACUAUUUAAGCAGGGGUUUCUAUACUUUAACUGUUGCAAUACAUUAACAUUAAUCACUAUGUUCAGGUUGUAACCCACUAGGAGUUGAAUGUUUUUUAAGUUUACACACAUACACUGAUCAGCCACAACAUUAAAACCACUCACAGGUGAAGUAAAUAACUUUUGGACCUGACGUUUAUAUGGUUGUUACUUAGAUAUUUACCUCAGCAGGAUGCAACCUGACACAGACUUAAACUGACAACUUAAAAUAUAAAUAAAUAAAUGUAAUACAUAAAUGUCUGAUUGGUGUAAUAACUGUAGUUUUUAAGUUUGCGCUGAAAGAAUUUGCAUUUUGCAUUCAGAUGUUUUUUUUUAUUAGAUGCUGUUUUGUUCAGACACUAAUUCCCCUGUUAUUUUGUUAUUUGUUAUACACAUUAUGCUCCAUGAUGUGUACGUGGACUUUGUUCCAGAUGAAGCUGCGAUAUUGAGUUGUUCCCACCUUUUUCAUAAGCAAUACAAGACUUUUUUUUAUCUUGGGUCCAUUUAGUUUGUUUCAAUUUGUUUCUUUCAUCCUAAUAAAGUUUAAUUGUACUCCUCA